CCUGAACAUCACUAGGUAAGAUGAUGCAAGCCGGAGCAUCGAUGCCUCCCCUCCCGCGACUCCUUUCAACAGUGAGCCCGUGUCGCAGCCAAUGCACAGCCUGAAUCCGGCAUUGCAGCUGAGGACUUACUGUACCUCUAUUAGGUCAAUUGGAGUUCGCAUCGAUUUGAUAUUUGUGACAUUGGAUCCACCACCUUCAUCUUUGAUCAGAGGUACCGUCACCACUCAUCAUAACAGAAGCAUGAUUUCUGCCUGAUAAUCCGUCGUCUCCCAUUCUCCCCCCAACGUGUACUACUACUACCACUCCAUGACACCAGUCGCUGUCCUCGCCAUGGUCGAAAAUGGCAACUCUCCAGACGCGGCUCGCAAGCCGUUGCAUCCCUUUUUUGCUCCGAACCGACAGCCUGCUCCUCCAGCUCCGACACAAACCCCUUCCGUUCCCCAUCAACCAGACACGACCGAGGAUUCCCUAAUGUCCAUCGACGAACCCGUGGGGCCAAAAGUUGAACAUGACACCCUGGAGAAGGCAGCUGGGAGACGGAGCAAGCGCCGCAAGGUGUCCCCGGACCUAGAAGACGACCAGGACCACAAGAAACCAAAGACAAGGAAACGGACAAAACCCAAUGUCGGCCCGGGUAUCGCAACCCAUUUUAUCAGACUAGAAAAGACAAAGGAGGAUGCCGGACAAGAAGAGGAAGAAGAGGAUAUCACAACCACGCAACAAGAGGCAGAGCUACCACAACAAGGCACAAAUGAAAUAGAAGCGCCUGUCCAGCUCGAGGAUGCCAUACCGGCUCCCGCACAUGAUGUUACUGGCAUUAUACGGAAUCUGGUCGACGUCAAUAUACGAUCAUCCCCGCCGCCUACAGUUAUCCCUCCUGGCGCCAAUGUCGAGCCUCCAAAGCCGACAAAACUUCUCCGCCUCAAUCCCAAAACAGGAACGAUUGGGUCACCUCCCAAACCAAAGCAACCAGAGACAACCGAGGAGACACCGCCAACAAUAAAGAGGAGGGUACAGCCAUCACGCGUAAAGAAGCCAGAGUCCAAGGUUGUGACUAUCAAGUAUAGCUCCGAGUCGGAUGCCGAGGCACGCACGAGAGUGGGCGAGAAGAUUGAAGCCAUUCUCAAGGCCCCAAAACAACCGCAACGGACCAGCCAGCGAGCCAAGAAACCUCCAGCCUCCAAGCCCGCCAACCCAAAAUCUACACAUCCCUUCUUUUCGGGGAAAGCCAAGGGAUCCGCAGCUGCGCCCCCUGCUGCUGAACCCAAGAACGACAAGCCUACCACUAGCGAACCUUCGCAGAAGGUUUUCAUGUCUACACCAUGUUCGCCCAAGAAGCCGCGUGCUUCGGCCUUCACUGGACGAAUGCCCCAGUUCGGUUUCACUAAAAACGUGCCCCUAAAGUUCCCUGGCGCACAACGCCCAGCAUGGCCGUGGAAGGAUAUGGUACAUGUGCGCGGAGACCAUGAUGUACCUAUGGACCAAAACAUUCAGCUGCCUUUGCCGUCCCGCAAAUCCAAGGGCCAGUCAAUCCAGGUGGACCAGCAAGAGUCGAUCGUAAAUCUGAUUAGCACCUCAAUGGGAAUCGAGUCUGUAAAACAAGCUCUUCGCGACUUCAACACGGACGAUUUCAUGCCUGCACCUUCUGAGCUUCGACUUCCCACCAAGCACUUUGAGAGCGGGAGAAAACUACAGCAGCGCAUUCUGCCGGAGCUCAAGACAUUCAGGACAGCGCAAGCAUCUGGCCAACUAAAAGCCCCCCCUCAACUUGCCCGCCUAUACGACUCCCUAUCCUUCUCCCUGUCAGCCUUCGAUCAGUGCCAAUGCGAAACCAGCAACUGGACACAAAAGUACGGCCCUAUCCACGCCACCGAGGUCCUGCAGCCCGGCAACGAAGCCUUUCUUUUGCGAGACUGGCUUCGUGCGUUGAAGGUGCAAUCAGUAGAGACCGGCUCGAACGAUUCCGACAAACCGAAAAAAGCCAAGGCUGUUGGCCCUGGCAGGAAAAAGAGGCGAAAGAAGCUCGACGACUUUAUUGUCUCUAGCGACGACGAGCUCGAGCUAGACGAAGACUCGGACGACGGAGCCAACUGGGCACCUAGUGGUUUUCGGGGCAUCACAAGGAAAACCGUCGUCAAAUCCGGGGACUUGUCCAAGAAAGAUGCCUCCAAAAUCGCAAACACACUAGUCAUCAGCGGCCCUCACGGUUGCGGCAAAACAGCUGCCGUCUACGCAGUGGCUAAAGAACUAGACUUUGAGGUCUUCGAGAUCAACUCGAGCAGCCGAAGGAGCGGCAAGGAUGUGCUUGAAAAGAUUGGCGACAUGACCAGGAAUCACCUCGUCCAGCAGCACCAAUCCUCCUCCGACAAAGCUGGUGAUGAUCAAGAAGAUGCCACUGCAGAGGAGGUUAAAUCUGGCAAGCAGGCAACCAUGAAUGCUUUUUUCCGGCCCAAGACCACUGCAGCAAAACUAAAGCAGCCCACUAAGCCACCACCCACCAGCGAACCAAAAGAGGUCAAAAAAGACAGCGGAAAGGUCCAAAGACAAUCCCUUAUUCUCCUCGAAGAAGUUGACAUUCUCUACGAAGAAGACAAGCAAUUCUGGACCACCAUCGUCACCCUUAUCGCGCAAGCCAAACGACCCUUCAUCAUGACAUGCAACGACGAGACUCUACUCCCCCUCCAUACCCUCAGACUACACGGCAUCUUCCGGCUAAGUCCACCGCCUACAGAUCUUGCGGUUGAUCGCCUAUUGCUGGUAGCAGCUAACGAAGGUCACGCUCUCACACGACAAGCCGUCGCAUCUUUAUACGAGUCUCGCGGCCAUGACCUCCGCGCCGCGACCACGGAUCUGCAGUAUUGGUGCCAGAUAGGCGUCGGGGAUAGGAAGGGAGGCUUUGAUUGGUAUUAUCCGAGGUGGCCGAGAGGCUGUGAUCUUGACGAGAACGGGGAUGUGGUGAGGGUUGUUAGUCAGAGCACAUAUCUCAGGGGUAUGAACUGGCUCGGACGAGACCCUGUGAUCGGAAAGGCUACUGAUGGACGGUUAGUGGAGGAAGAGUUACUGGAGCAAACUUGGGAUUCGUGGGGCCUUGAUAUGGGGAGCUGGCAAGACUCUGUUGGGCUGGAACCAUGGGCGGAAGGGAUGCCUUCGUCUGGGGCUGGAAGGCUUGAGGCUCUUGAAGCGUUUGAGGAACUGGCUGAUGCCCUGAGCGCAGCGGAUCUCUGCUCUUCUCGGUCAUUUGGAACACUGAACGAGGAGCCACUAGACGCCACACUACCCGAGCCCCCAGCUAAAGCCCGCGACGACAACGUCCUCGGUCUAACGCCGCUCGAUUCUCCUCCUCUUACUCUCCACGACUCCCUCAAUACGGGUCUUCCAGCAACCAUCAAAUCGCUAUCUCGCUCCGUUUUACGGUCGCGGACCUCAUCACUCGUCCAACAUCCUAUAUCCACUGAUACCCUCCAGCCACUAAACGAAUCCUCUGCCCUCAACAUAAUCACCAAAUCCUUGACCAACCUCUCCCUAUCUUCUCCCGAGCAACCAACUAUCAACCGAAUCGACCUUGCCUUUGCCUUUGACCCUAUCGCCACUUCAGACUCCUUUGCAUCCACGACAUCCUACUUGGACCCCUCCGUCUUCGACCGCACCAUGGGCCUCAUAACACUGGACGUCGCCCCCUACGUGCGGAGCAUAGUCGCUUAUGAAUCGAAUCUGCAGAGGAGGAGGUUGAAGAUGAGUAGUUUGCUUAGCGUAAGCGAAGGUGCUGGCACGAGUAACGCGGACGGAGGCGGCGUGGGGCCAAAUGUGGCUUUGGGAACGGGGUUCAAUAACCCGGGAGGGGGGACGGGAACGAAAAGGAUGCGCACAACCCGAGCUGCACUAUCAGCGCUGGAAGGCGGGGAGAGGAGUGUGAAAAGGAAGGAGAGGUGGUUCAGAGGAGAAUUGAAUCCGUUCCUGGUGGAGAAGACGGGCGGGAGGGGCUGGACUGAUCUCACGCUCCAAUACUUGGCUGACUUCCAACACUCUGGAAACGCUGUUGCUGGGGGGGAGGAAGAGAUAAAGACGGCUGGUAGCGUUUCUGGCGCGUCGGAGGUGUCUGUUCCUUGGGAGGCUCAGCAGGUUAUGUCGGACGUUGCCCCCGUGCAAACGGGCGUUGUACAGACAGCUAAGCCCAAGAGGGGUAGGCCGAGGAAGAAUAUGGCGAGGGUUGUCGAGGUCGACGAGGCUGCUCAACCCGACGAGCUAGCGGAGCCAAUAGCAGGAGUAAAAGGUGGGGAGCAGGGAGUGGAUGAGUUGGCGGGUGAGGCUACGGAUGUGGCUACGGUUGCAGUUGCGGCUGACGACGGGGACGUUUCAAUGACCCAGUAGGAAAGGGGACGUCGACGUCGUAAUACGCGGCUGGCUGGAAAUCGGUAAUGGAGGUUGCUCCGACUAGGAAUCAAGCAACAUGACAUAAGAGGCCUCGGUGUCCAAACCCGUCCUACCUGUAGUCUCCAACCAGACUCGAAGAGUUUCCUGUGACAACCGUCAUAUGGAAGGAGGA